GAACUUUGAGGGGAAUCCCUUAGGAAAGAGUCUAGAAAAGUUCAGCUCCCAGAAAAACCAACGCCUAUAAAUGUACCCUGAAUGGUAAGUUGCAAGAAAAACCAACCCCUAUAACUGCAAAAUUGCCUCUGAUCACACACACGAUCAAGGAUCAACUGAUCUCUCUCCAUAUGGGUGCCUGCUUAUCUACUCCAAAUCCAAGCCCACGUAGAACAGGAACCGUUGUCGGUGCCGGAGGAGCACUAACCGCCACUAAACACAUGCCAACAGCUAAGGUUGUACACAUGGACGGUCGGAUUCAAGAUUUCAAGCCCCCAGUUCAAGCAAAACACGUCACUUCCCUGAAUCCCGACCACUUCCUCUGCAGCUCCGAAGCCAUGUCCAUUGGCACCUCUGUCCCUGCCAUGCCCAACGACGAGGAGCUACAACCUGACCAGAUAUACUUCCUCCUCCCACUCUCUCACUCCAACAAGUCCCUCUCCCUGCCCGAUCUCUGCGCUCUCGCCGUAAAAGCCAGUUCCGGGCUCGGAACUGUACCAUCGACAAUUCCAGGCUAAUUCUCCGGUGAUCGGCAUAUGCAAGACCGGUGGGGCAUUAAUUUUUCAUUCAAUUAUCAUUCUUUAAGCAGAUUAUAAUUGUAGCCCCUGGUUUUGUAGAAAAAUUAGUGUUUUCUGUUGAUUAAUUUUUAUGAAUUGUAGUUUAAAGUCAACGUGGAUGUUAGUUUCCCAUUAAGAUUAGUUGUCAUUGUAAACAAUUAUUUGGUAAUUAGUACCAUGUUGAAAUGUUGGCGCUACAAUGACUGAACUAGUGCAACUGAGGCAGGCCUCUUUCAGUCAGGUGUGGUUUAUAUACUGUGACACAAUAAAAUGUUAUAGCCACA